GAUGGUGCCCUCCGGCCUUGUCGGAUGAUUACAAGUCUCGGCCAGCCAUUCAUCUCCCAUCUCUUCUGCGAUCCUUGCCUGUGCGACCUUGCCCGGGCCGCCGAGGGUUGCCAGGGCCAGCCGGAUGCUCGCAUGAAGGAUGGCCUCCGGGUUGCACGUCACUUCAGCUCGGAACAAAACCACCACUCGCACCCUCCCACCACCACCUGUGGCUUGUCCCUCCUUUCCCUGCCAACUACGCCCACCCUUUGUUUGCCUGUCGACGCCUCUCCUUUGUCUGAUUAUCUCCUUUUCUUCCUGAUUUUUCUUGACCUGUCCCUUUUUAACCGGCUUCUCCUGCGCCCUCCCGCAUCGCUCUCCAUCCUCAUCGCCUGUGACUCAACUCAUGCGGAAUGCCGCCUAGAAUCCAGCGGUCUCUGUUGGACAGUGAAUAAUCCCCUCUCUCCCGACGCCCAACAUGUCAUCCUCGCGGUCGGACAGUCUCAAAACUCAAAAACUGGACACCGACAGCUUUGUCGCCUUUGACCACGCCGCCGCCGGCCAUGACGGUGUCCAGUGCACUCUGUCCGGCUCCUUCAUCGCAAAGCCCUGCACCCCCGAAGAAGUUGCGUUCUACGAGUCCAGCGCCCUCCACCCGGCCUUCAGGGAGUUUAUUCCCACCUACAUCGGGACGUUAACCUCGGCGGACCAGCAGCAAUCCUUCGCGCUCCAAGCCGCUGAACAGACCGGCGCGAUUAUCCUCCCCGGCUCUGAUUACUCGUCUGCAACAGGCACCCCGACCGGACCGGCACAGCCCAGCGCGGCCGACGCGGGCCCGGCGAGUGCCGCGCAAGACUUGUCGUGGGUUCCCUCGGGCGGGAAAAAGCUGGAAACGGGAAUUUCUAUUGUGCUCGAGAAUGUGGCGUCCGGGUUCAAGCGGCCGAACGUCUUGGACGUGAAGCUGGGCGCAAGACUUUGGGCGGACGAUGCGCCUCCCGCGAAGCGGGCGAAACUGGACAUCGUCUCUAAAGAGACGACCAGCUCGAAGCUGGGAUUUCGUAUUGCCGGGAUGAAGGUCUGGACGGGCGUGAGCGGGGAGAGCGACGAAGGGAGCAAGACUGACCCGUAUGCCACGAAAUACGAGGGGUCCGAGGGGGCGCGGGGUGAGGUCAUCGAGAAGGAUGGCUACAAGCGCUACGACAAGUGGUACGGACGGGCUCUCAACGAGAACAACGUCCGGGAGGGUUUCAAAACCUUCCUCGCGGGGGCCAAAGCCGGGACCGUUGAUCGCUCCCAGAUGGUUGCCCAGAGAUUAGCCGACGAACUCCGGAAGGUACAGCACGUGCUGGAGUCGGAGGAAAGCCGAAUGUAUUCGUCGAGUGUCUUGAUCGUCUACGAGGGGGAUCCGGAAGCGAUGGAACAUGCGCUCGAGGAAGAACAGAAGCCCCGGCCUGAACGGGGGGAAUCCGAGUCGGAGGACGAGGACGAGGAGGUGGAAUUCCAGAUCCAGCAGGACGGGUCAUUCCAGGUGGUUGAUAUACCGGUUGGCCAGGGGACCAAGUCCCACCAGGCCAUCAAUAUCAACAUCGACCCCGAAAUGGCGGAACUGGAAGACCUGGGGGAUCUCGACGAAGACGACGAAGAGGAUCCCCCGAAGGUGCAUGACCUUCGUCUGAUUGAUUUUGCGCACGCCAGUUGGACACCGGGCCAGGGCCCGGACGAGAAUGUACUCAAAGGGGUCCGGAACUUGAUUGAUAUCCUGGACGAACUCGCUCGCGAGUAGUGUACGAUAUGUACAGCAUACAGUCGCUGGCGGCUAUGCUAUGACAAUAUGGUGUUACCUAGGAACCUAAGGAGUGUGGAGAUAUGUACAUCAAUCCUAUAGUUCGAUAUCAACUCGUUGAGUAGCAAGCAGUACUAAGAAAAGCAGCUAGGAAGGCUCACAAUAUGUACUGUGCAAUCUUAAAUCUUGUUAAUCUCGA